AUGAAGCAUCAAAACAAGAUACGAAGACAGUCCACUGUCUGCAAAGAAUGUCAGCGUCGGCGGACAAAGUGCAGUGGUGGAAAUCCGUGCUCGGAAUGCAGAAAACGCGACUGUAUCUGCGAUGUCAAUGAGAGCUCUGACAAACGACGCAAACUCUACUUAAGUAUGAUGGAAGAAGAACUUAAGUACCAUCAACAAUUUAUGGACGGGUUUCUUAAGGCAAUACGGACUUCUAAUGAUGCUGAUGUCCACCACAUUAUCGAUGUUGUGCGGUCGGGAUCAUCAACCAGUGAGAUACAGACUGCAGUGAAUCGCGUUCUUACGGAUAAUCGUUCUUCUUACAAUGACGUCCCCGGGGGAGGUCCGUUAAGGGGCUGGCCUAAGAGGAAGGCUUCUAAAUCGGCUACGUCGGAUUAUCUUAUAGCCCAGCUGCUGGAUCCAAGCGAAAUUCAAAGUGAUGGCGACUCAGCCCAGCAACCUGUGUCCGUACCCCACGAGCUGUCGCGUAGUACCAAGGAAUAUCUCGAGAAGUCUGAGAAUCUAGAAAUGCUUUGCGAAUGA